AUGAGCUGCAACCUCUUUCUCCUGGCUUUUGUCCUGGGCAUGACUGGAACCUUCCACUAUGGAUUGCAGGUUUCCAUUAUCAAUUCUCCUGCUGAGUACAUCCAGAGUUUCAUCCAUGAGACCUGGCUGAAGAGAUAUGGCUCCUCUCCCAGUGCAGAGAUGAUUACUUUGAUGUGGUCCCUCAUUGUGUCCAUCUACAGCAUUGGGGGGCUCCUGGGCUCCUCCUGUGCUGGCUACCUGUGUGUUCAGUUUGGAAGGAAGAAGGCAAUGCUGCUCUCCAACAUCCCUGCUCUGCUGGGUGCAGCUCUGAUGGGACUCAGCCGGCUGUGUGGAUCUUUUGAGAUGAUCAUUGCUGGAAGGUUAUUUUCUGGAGUCUGUGGAGGUUUAACUCAGAAUGUCCAUAUCAUGUAUGCUGGGGAAUGUGCCCCACGGAAGCUCCGCGGGCUGAUUGCCAUAACAGCUUCCACCUUCUCUGCUCUUGGAAAAUUUGUAGGAUUUGCUCUGGGUCUCAGAGAAGUUCUUGGAGUGGAGGCUCUCUGGCCCAUUCUGCUGGCAGCCAAUGCAGUCCCUGUCCUUGUUCAGCUUCUCACCCUCCCCUUCUUCCCAGACUCUCCCCGCUACCUGCUCAUUGACCUAAAGGACAAGGAGGGGUGCAUCAAAGCUGUGAAGCAGCUCUGGGGGGAUGGGGACCAUCUGGCUGAGAUCAAUGACAUGAUGUCAGAGCAGAGAGCCAUCGGUGGCGAGAAGGCGAAGAGCGUUUGGGACCUGCUGCGGGACAGAGCCGUGCGCUGGCAGCUCAUCACCCUGCUCCUCGUGGUGUCCUGCAUCCAGCUCCUCGGGGCCAACGUGGUUUACUCUUAUGCAUACAGUAUCUUUACAAAGGCUGGAAUUCCCCCUGCCCAAACCCAUUAUGUCUCCCUGGGGAUUGGGACCACUGAGAUCCUCUCCACAGUUCUGUGUGGCUUCCUCAUCGAGCGUGCAGGGAGGAAGACUCUGCUGUGGAAGAACUACGCCGUGAUGGCCUUGGCUCUAGGGCUGCUCACAGUCACACUCUCACUGCAGGACUCCUUUUUCUGGGUACCAUACUGCUCUGUUGCACUUGUCUUUAUUUUCAUCAUGAGCUUUGGCAUUGGGCCAGGUGGAGUCGUAUGCCCCUUGAUCACAGAAAUAUUUAUUCAGUCAUACAGACCAGCUGCUUAUGUUUUUAAUGGUGUUGUAAACUGGAUCCAGCUCUUCAUCCUUGGGCUUGUGUUCCCUUUCCUUGUGGAAGGUCUUGGCAAUUUCUGUUUCAUCAUUUUCCUGACAUACUGUCUGUCCAUGGCUAUUUUUGUACUCCUGGUGCUGCCAGAGACCAAAGGAAAGACGAUGCUGCAGGUCAAGGAGGAGUUCAACCGCCUGAACUACCGAGGAAAGAAGGGGCAGGCAGCCCUAGAGCAGAGUCACUGCUCAGUGGUGACUGUCACUAGGCUUUAA